GGGGCCGCCGCGGCGGGGGCCGCUGCGGCGGCAGCUGCCGCGCGAGCCGGCUGCCGCGCGGAGCCGCCUCAGACUUGGCGCGCCGGUCGCAGGAGCGCGCUGCCGCCCGCCGCUCCGAGAGGCUCGCUCUGCCUUGCCGUGCUCCGUCGACAGCGCCGUGGCGGCCGGAGCGGCGGGCCUCUCGCGGGCGCUCCGCCGGCGCCGCGGGCUCGCCCGCCGGGCGCGGGCCGCGGGCGCAGCGGCCGGCGCGGCCGCGGCCGCUGCCGCGGCGCGGGCCGCGGCCGCAGCCGCCACCGCGGCAGACGUCCUGGGCGGCUCGGGCUCCCACGCGGCAGCAGUUGCGGCCGCCGCGGCGCUCCACUGGGGCCCGUGCUCGGGGCUGCGGGGGCUCGCGCGCCGUGCGCGGGCCGACGCCGAGGCCGCCCACGCCACGGCCGUCGCGUGCAGCAGGCAUGGCGGCGAGCUGGUGAGGCUGGCGCGCUGCGCGUGGGCGGCCUCCGCGCCCGCGCAGCUGCCCCCGCGGCCUGCGCAGCGGCAGCUGCGGCUGCCCGCGGACGUCAAGGUCCCGGGGCCGCCGUCCACAGAAGGCACGGGCAAGGGCAAGGGCAAGGGCAAGGGCAAGGGCAAGGCGGUGCCAGCUCCGCCGCCAGACAGGGGCAAGGCUAGCGCAGCCAGCACAAAGCUGCAGAGGAAGUCUGGCCCUUCUAGCGCCAGUGUGGACAAGCCCCAGGAGGUCCUGCCGCUGGGCCGGAAACUGCAUUGGGUGCGGCCGAGUCUCAAAGAGCCGCCCUCCGACAGCAUAUUCGGGGAGAUCGCCGCGGGUGACGGUCCCAAUUUCGACCAGGGGCUGCUGGCGGCGAUAUUCGAUGAGGCGGCGGUGGUCAAACGGAGGCGGACCUGGGCGCCCAAACAGCCAGAAGGAAUUGUUGUGCUCGACACCGCUCGCGCACAGAAUGCUGCCAUCAUGCUCAGCAAAUUGCGCAUGGCGCCAGAAGAAGCGUGUGACUGCAUUCGCCAGUUCGACGUCAGCGGCGCGAGGCUAAGCCUGGACGACUUGGAGCUCGUGACAAAGGCCCUCCCUACAGCAUCGGAGGCAACAAAGCUUAUGGCUCACCAGUCGAACAUCCAUCAGCUGCGGGAUGUCGAGCGGAAGAUGCUGCCUCUGUGUGCCCUGAGCAUGGCGCAGGUGAAGCUGAUGAAGUCCGCCAUGUCGCACUCCUCGGUCUACAGCCACACCUUGAGACGACUGACAGUUGUCCAGCGCGCCUCCGAGGAGGUGUGCGGUAGCAGGCAGCUCCGCAAUCUGCUGCACACGAUCAUGAAGGUGGGCAACUUCAUCAACCAUGGCGAGGCCACGGUGUCCAAGGAGGGUGUCGUCCGCAGCUUCGCCCUGGAGUCCCUGCAGAUGCUCUCCUCGUUCAAGGCGGGCGGCAUCUCGGCGCUGCACUUCCUGUGCUUCACGCUGCGGUGCUCGGACGAGACCUUCCUGUCCUCGCUGCAGCAGGGCCUGAGCCACACUCGGGCAGCCUCCUCCGAGAGGCUCACGGCGCUCAAGAAGGAUGUCACGACGUUCUGCGACGAGGCCGAGUUUGCCCGCCGCCACCUCCAGAGGCUGCCGGGCUACCCCGCGCGGCUGCGGGCCGCCGAGAUCCUGCAGACGCACUGGCGGGGCAGCCGACGCGCGGGGAGGCCUCCGACGUUGCCGCCCCCCCGACGUGCCCUCGCGCGAGCUGCCGCCAGAGAUGCCCUGCGCCUCGCCUAUGGCUCGUGCGCGAGGGGUGCGGCGGAGCGCACGGCCGCGGUAGCCGCUGCCAGGGCAGCCCUGCACAGGGCCUACCGCUCGGGCGCCGGCGCUGCGGGGCCACGGCCCCCAGCGGAGGUGGAGGCUGCCGUGGAGCUGGCCCUGGCCGAGGCGGACGAGGCGAUGGCCCAGCAGGAUCUGCAGGGGUACGACGAGGCGCUGGGCCGCGUGCUGUCGGCCUUGCGGCAGCCGCUGGUCUCCGCGCCUGCGGGGGCGGAUCCGCCGCUGCCGCCGCCACCGCCAGUGGCCAAGCCGCCCCCGCAGAAGGUCAGGGCCGCGCUCCACGUGGAGACCUUGGACGAGGCCCUGGAGCGUGAGCGCAUCGAGAGCCUCGCGGAGGUGCUCCAGGGCGAGGCCGAGAGGCUCCAGCAGGAGCUCCAGAGGGCGGAGGAGGCGGGUGCACGCGUGCAGGCCUGCUUCGGCGCGGGCGCGGAGCAGGAGCGGUCGCCGCCGUGCGAGGAGACGUUCGGCCACAUCGACGCCUUCCUCGGCGCAGUCCAGGUCGCCUGGAAGGAGGUGGCGAACAACCCCCGGCGCUGGCAGCAGCUCACGACCCAGGCGGGCUCCACCUCCACCACCACGGAGGUGGCCCAAGCCCUCGGCCACCACCUCUCGAGCACCGAGAGCUGGAACGCCGUCCUGGGCGGCGAGGAGCGCGCCGGCGCCGCCGCGGCGGCGCCCCCCCCGGCCGAGGCCGGCCACGCGCCGCCCGCCGGCGCCGACGCCGGCGGCGGGAGCUGCCCGAGGCCCCGCCGGCGGCGGCGCCGCCGCCCCGCGGCGCGCACGCGCGGGAUGCCGCGCCCGCGGCGCGCCGCCGCGCCCGCCGCCCCGCCGCCGGAGGCGGCCGUCGUGGCCUCGGCCUCGUGGCGGCCGCGCCGGGCCUCGCGCGCGGCGUCCGGGGGCUGGCACGGGCCGCCGCUGGAGGCGCCCGAGGGCGGCGGCGCCGCCGCGGCCGGCCCUGGACCUGGACCCGGGCCCGGGCCGCGGCCGGAGGAGCCCGAGGGCGCCUGGACCUGCGGCCUGCUGGCGGCGGCGGCCGGCUGUUCCGCGGGCGGCGGCGGCCCGCUCCGCAGCGCCUCGGAGGGCAGCGCCUCGGGCGGCAGCACCUCGGGCGGCAGCGGGCCGCCGCUGCGCAGCCCCUCGGAGGGCAGCGCCUCGGCGGGCAGCACCUCGGGCAGCGGCGGCUCGCUGUGCGGCCAGCCGCCCGUGGGGGGCGGCGCCCCGGCUGGCGGGCCCUCCGAGUUCGUGAUCCACGACGACAGCGACCUGGAGGAGGACGAGCUCACGUCGUCCGAGUGGGAGCUCAGCCGCCAGGUGACGCUGGCGCGCAUGCUUAGCCAGGAGGCCGUCGCCCUCAUCAAGGACAGGAGGAUGGAGAAGACCACCGUGGAAGCAGAGGAGGUGGCGCCCGAGGGCGCCAAGGCGCUGCAGUCGCCCCUGGACCUCGUGCGCUCCUUGAGGUCGGCCAGCGUGCGGCUGCUGGGCGUGCGGCCCGACCUCUUCGAGGCGGCCUGACGGCGCGGGCGCUGCCCCUCCCCCCCCCCCCCCGGGGCUUGGCACGAGCGACGUGGGUCGGGGAGGGCGGCCUCUGGCGCGGCCCCCUGCCGGCCCCCUGCCCGCGGGGGCGCCGCCCGCCUCUCGGUAUCCUCGCCAAGCCCGGAUCCCUCCGGCUCACCGCGCGCGUUCCACGCCUCGCAACGUUCGCAGGCCCAGAGUCUUACGUCUCCCCGAUCAUGGAGAAGGGGGAGGGGGGACGCGCACCACAGCGACAGCUGGGGCACGCCGCUGGCGUCGCCCCCGCCCGCCGCCCGGGCCUGCCUCAGUGCACGGGCGCCUCCGCGCCAGGGAGGCGCCGACGCGAGAGCUGGUCCGCGCCCAAGCAGCUGGGGACACGCCCGACAUAACUUUACUCAUUGCCCCUCUCCCGUCCGAACCCGAGUAGGUGUCGCAGAUCGGUCCGCGCGAAGUUUUGUAGAUUAGCGCUGGCAGCCGGUCUGCACGAGUCGAGCAGCUUCGCUCCAGCGGAGCACCGACUUGUUCUUUACGUGCACCGUGAAUUGUUCUUUGCUCUCGACUGGGACGUGUCUCUCUGCCCCAUCCCACUGUUGCCCUUGAUCACCUGUCCGCUUCCACCUUGCAAGCCAUGUUUUCGCGGCGCAGCCCCAGGCCCAGUCCUCUUUGGGAGCGAAUGUAGUCUAUCCUCUUUUUUGUUAGGAGUAUCGCAUUAGCGUGUGCUACAGGUAGGCGAACUCAUGUUUUUCAGAGCGCGGCAACUUUUGGCAAAGCGCCUCGCUUUCGGGGUCCCGCUUUUGCUAUUUUCAGGUCCUCCGCUCGCCUUCACUUUUCGUACGCAUGCUGGCACCCGCGGGUGAGAGAUUGGCCUCCUCCCUCAAUCCUCC